AUGACAGAAAACUAUGAUCCUAACUCGGUCAAACUAUCGCUCGAGCCUCCUUACCGGGACGAUAAUGGAAAACCUAUUCCUGAUCUGCGAGACAUUACGCAAGAUGGGCAACUAGUGUUCGAAGAGAAACAGAGUCCAUCUGCUGCACUUGGACCACAACUGAAACGAUUACACGAGUUAAUAACGUCUCGAAAGCGCGAGUUUCGUUCAAUAACGGAAACUCGCGUAUUGGCUAAUGGCGCCGGAAUCGUGGACUCUGAACGGGCAAGCGGAACCUACUGGAGACGACCAAGCAUCUUUGAGUUCAGCUCUAAACCCAGAAAGUCUCAACCAACUUCGGAAAGAUAUGACACAACGUUUAGAGGAGGCGCAAUACAGCAUGAACGCAGCUUUGGAUAUGCUCAAUUGUUUGCUCGCUAUAAACAACCUUUCUGCAAACGUCGCUACUUCUACAAGUACGAACCCGACCGCUGGAAUUGCAGGAUUUGGAUCGGUGACUACUACCCAGACUGCGCCAGCUCCUCUGACCUUGCCCCAUCUAUCAUUGCCCCCACCCCUCCCCAAGCAUCUGUUGCUGUCAUGAACACUCAGAUUGGAAUAACGACUCGAGACGCAGGCAUUCGCAAAGCCGCAGGAAUUCUCCGGCAUGCUGCCCUUUCUACGGCAGAAGAAAUUGAACGCGCUGGGAGAAGUGGUACAGGAGGGGUGGCACAGGGACGCCAUGAUACCGGUUACUGGGCCACGGCACUCCGGCUACGACAAGCGUGUUGGGCUCUACUACCCGCUGCCCUUCCUCCAGGCUCGGGGUCCAAAGGAUCGAAUCGAACUUCGAAAGAUAUUUUACUCGGAUUCGCCCUGGAAGGAUGUACUCCGCCUCCAUAUCGCAGGCUAGCCCAUGGUAUUAUUCCUACGAAUAAUACACAACAAAAGAACCAAGCCAACGACGACAAGCCUCCUCCACUUUUGCUCUUCCCCCAGUUACAAAACCGCCGGCUGCGGGUGUCACUUCGAAUUAAUGGGAAGAAAUACUCAUGCCCUAUUGAUUCACAGACGGGGUCUCCUGCUCCACCGGGCACCCGAACAGGAUCAACCGGGCAGACGCUUAAUAAUUUGAUGCGUGAUGCCCAACAAGAAGUUAUCGAGCACGAAAUCUUUCAAGAGGCGACUCAAGCUCGAUUCGCCGGGAUCCUUAUUUCUCAGCUUUCAGCAACACUGAUAGAAUUGGACGUUACACAAGAAAUGUCAUUAUUAUUUGAACGGGUUGCAAUGGACGAGGAAGAUUUGGACGAAGAAGUGACCGUCACAAAUCCUUCCGAGGCAGACGUUGUUACUUGCAUGCUCAUCCGACAGAUACUAGUUGUUCUUCUAGCACGCGCCCAUCGGGGUGCUUUACUUGAUGGAAUGUCAGCUUCUAGUACCACGCCCGCGCCUAAUGCUCCGGCAGCUAUACGAAAGCAAGUUCCAAUACUUGGCCCAAUCGUGUCCCUAUUGCGAUACCAUACUCAAGGGGAGGCCUUUCAGUCCACUCUGCACCACCGAUUGGAUCAGAGUUUGGCGCUGAGCGGAGAGGCACUAUUGAGAAUAGAGGACAAGCAUCUCAUUCAGGUCACGUUCCAAUCCCCGACGUCACUAAAGCUACAUGUCGUACAAUCGCAAAUCACGGUGCACGACCAUGGCCAAUUGGGAAGUUUCUUGCGGACGGACGUUGCUGGCCGUAUAGUCCAAUUCGUCCAGGAAGUAGGGAAGGAAUUCUUGAAAGAGCCUAACAAAUUGGACCGGAUCAGUGGCGAGUACGAUAGAUCGUGGUUUGUUGACCGAUUGGGGUGGUUGGUAUACGAACACUUGACCGGCAGCGCGAGGGCUGGAUAUACUCAGCCUGGAUUAAUUCAGUCAAUCAUUAAGGAGACUACCCCUAUUUGGAGAUUUAUUGACACAUGUGCAAACAUAGAUAUAUCUCUUGGUGUUCUAGAUGUCUUAAACGUCGGUGCCAAGGUCUGCGCUUGUCUUGGUACCACAGGCACAUUGAUUAAAGAGAACUCCUCUUUGUACGCGAGCAAAGUUCUGGGAGAAGUUGAAGUCAUAUCCAAGCUGACGGCGGCAAUUCAAAGUGGCCAAGGCAAGUGCACAUGCCUAUAUCCCGACCAUGCAAUUCCAGCAUGCUCAGACAAAGACCUCUGCUAUUUCGAUUGUCCCGGGAUCGCAUCAAGAUGGAUGGACAGUGCAUUUGCAAAGAAGGCCACCAAGAUUGCAAUGGCAAAUGUGUUCUUGUAUCUCAGUCAUGUUCAUCACAAGGCCCCAAGACGCAGUAUACGGUCCAUCAGAUCUCUGGGGGUAGGAACAAGCGCGGCGGGCGUGGUACACCGAAUUGGGCUCGGCGGGCUCUCAGUUCGGCGCAUUGCCCUAUUGGCACUGAAAUGUGUGGGUCUUGGCCGUCCCGAUGCAUGGGAAUGCUUAAACGUCGAGGAAGAUUUGGAAAGUUGCGGUGGAUGUGCAUAUCCAUUUUUCCCUGGCCAAAAGCCCGGAGUGGAUUGUUCUGCGAUUCCAGGAGUCGAGGAUGUUGCUUGCCUCAUGGCCACCCCAACCACUUCAACUACACUUAGUUACUUGCCUAGUAUGUUGGUGUUCGCGUCUCCUGUGCCUGCUACAUUCUCUGGUCUUGGUGCUCUCAAGUCCCGACGUACUAUCGAGCGCCCUUCGGUAGAGGAACAAUACUUCCAGGCCCUCGCUGAAGAACAUGAGCGUGCUGCCUCACAAGCCCGCCAGCGCUUAGAGGAGGCCCGCCGCCGCCAGCGUCACCAGCGUGAGGUUGAGGCCCAGCUCCUUCUGCAACAACAACUUGCUGCUGACAACGAUGCUUGCGAUGCCUAUGCGGAGCAUAUGCACCGCCGAAGCCAGGCAGCUUUCAUUGAACGCCAGAAGCGGGCUCAACAACAAGAUUUUCUCCGUUCGCUCUUUGAAGAACAGCGUCGUACUCAGGCCGAGCGAGUUGCCGAGCUUCAUCGCAAGCGCGUUGAAGAGGCCAAGGCCGAGCAAGAACGUCGUCGCAAGGUCCAAGAAGAAGCCGAAGCCGAACAAGCCCGCCGCCACCUCGCUGCCCGAGCUGAUGAUGAAGAGAAGCUCCGUCAGUUCUUCCAAGCUCUUGCCAUCCGCCGCAGCUCUGUUCCUGCCCCCAGCAAGAAGGCCGAGGACAUUCCUAUUCCUAUUCGUGUGCCUGCAUCUGCUCCCAGUUCGCCUAAGGUCCCCGAACGUUCGUCCUCUCCUGCACCCUCGGUUGCUUCAGACUCUUCGGAUGCAUCUUUGAACUCGAUCGCUCAGCUCCAAGGGAAAUACGAGUCGCUCCGCUCUGGCUUCACUUUCCCCUCGAAUCUCGCUUUCGCACCAUCGAAGGGCCCAGUCACUCCUGCUUCAGCCCCUACCCUGCUCUACAACCCAACUAAUGCACCCGUCCACGCUUAUGAGAACGCUCUUACCAAUCUUUUAACCGAGCUUGAUGCCGUCGAGAGCUUUGGCGAUGAGCAUGUCCGGGAUGUUAGGCGUUCCUUGGUAAAGAGCGUUGAAGCCGAGCUGGAGACUUUGGAAGAGAAGAAGCGUGCGGCAUGGAGGGGCCAACAAGAGACUGUCGCACCAACCGUAGUCGAGCCUAUCUCUCCCCCUGCUGAACCUACUCUCGUCCCCGAGCCUGUUUCUGUCUCCCAGCCGGAGGCCGACCCCACUCCCCGUACUAUAGAGCUCGGGUCUGUUUCUACCUACGUUCCCACCGACGAUUCCUCCGAUCCUGUUUCCUGGCUCGCAACACGUCUUUCCGAGGCACCCGAAUCUGAAGACAACGAAGUCAAGGUUGUCCGGGAGAAUUUGCUGGUCAGCCUGUCGACCCCUGCUACUGGGACCCUUGUAGUCGAAACCCAACCUGCCGAGACCCAGGUCCAGGCUGGGCCAGCUACGGUGGACCCAAUCGAGUCAGAGAUUUCCGCCCCUCAACCCUCUGAGCCCACCAUUUCUGGCAUGCCCGAACCUUCGGCCGAAUCUACUUCCACCCCCGCCGAGUCAUCCACCGAGCCUGCGGACGAAUCUGUCCCCGAGCCCGAAGUGACUGAGACACACACACCUGGUUCUCUACCCGAACCUACUGUCACCCAACUCAAGGUAGAACAGGUUGCAGAGCAAGAUUCAUCAUCGGUUGACGAGUUAUCGACCUUGGCUCCUGAGUCUGAGUCUACCCUCAUAUCCUCUGUCGGUGUCGUAUCCGAACCCGAGCUUAUUGCCAAGGACGAAGAAACCCCCAUACCUACCCAAGUCGAGUCGACUCCUACUCAGCCUAAGUCCGAGAACGAGAGCGAGGUCAAUGCACCUUCUCCGAUCAAGGAAGCAGCUUCAGCGACUUUUGUUCAUAUUUAUCCAGACUCGGACUCAGACUCGGAUAUUGAUCUUAAUAUUGACUUGGCAUCCGAGAUCGGAGAGGCCGACAAGAAGAGUGGCGACGAGUUUGAGUUGAUUUAG